AUGGAGAAGAAAGCAAAUGGUGUUGAUGGGAAGAAACCGGGUCGGGUCCUCGACGGACCCACCAACCCAAUGGUUACGCCUCUGCUCAACGAUCUCUACCAAUUCACCAUGGCUUAUGCUUACUGGAAAGCCGGCAAACAAUCCGAACGAUCCGUGUUUUAUUUGUAUUUUCGUCAGCCUUGGUUCGUCUGUACAGCACCGAUCGAUUGUCUUUGCUGUUGCCUAAAGAGCGGAGUCACUCGCAGACAUAUCUUCGAUGCCUGA